AUGGCUAGAUCAAUGGAAUUGAAGGGACGUCUAACUCGUAUUAAAAAGACUCCUUCCCAAUCUAUGGAUGGUUAUUUACGUGACAUCAAGGUUAUUGUUGAUUCACUUGCUGCCAUUGAGUGUCCUGUGUCUAACCAGGAUUUAGUACAGUAUACUCUUUUUAAUCUGGAUCGUGAUUCUAAGUAUGAUCACAUUGAUGGAUCUGAUUCCUCCUCUCAUCAUGCCUUAGUAGUUGUUCAGUCUUCGGGUACUGGUACCGGUUCCCCCUCCAAGUCUAAUUCUGGAGGGCAGAAUAGGGGAAGAAACAACAAGAAUUGUGGGGGUAACAAUAAUCGAAAUCAGAAUAAUCUGGGUAAUGGUGGUGGCAAUGGGGGUUAUAAUAAUUCUCGUGGCUCUGGAAACAACAACAACAAUGCUAAUCGGGGUCGCCCCUAA